GACAAUUAAAAUUAAGUGUCAGAAUUAUUUUGCCCAUUGUUGCGGUGUAUUUUUCAUUAUUUUGAAAGACACCUGCACCAAUAUUAAUACCUGAUACAUAUAAACUAACAUUACGCAUACGAAAUUUAAUAUCGUUAUAUUCUAUUAGUUUGCGUUCUUUGAAUAAGAUGGCUUCGCCUUUAGAACAAUUUGUGGACAAUGUGAGGACCAUGUCGGCUUCAGGGUCGUUUCGUGAGUUGUGUGAGGUUAUUGGCAAGUCUGACGAGGUCCUACAGCGAAACAGUGCACAUCUGUCCACAGUGUUGGAAACACUUGAUAUUCAGCAGCAUUCUCUAGGUGUACUCGCUGUCCUAGUUGCUAAAUUCUCUCUAGCACAGGGUGGCGAUGUAGACAAGUCUACCAUGUUCAAACAGAUUCAUGACUUCCUCACCAACUGCAAUGGUGAACAAGUGCGGUUCUCACCUGAAUUGUAUGCAGAGUUGUGUCACCUUUUAACUCUCUACUUAGUAGAAAUAAAGCAACCAAUCAGAGGCAUAGAGAUUCUGAAGAAAGCCAUCAGGAAAAUUCAGCUCUUUGAUUCACAACUUACUUCUAUCCAUGCAGACUUGUGUCAGCUCUGCUUACUAUCCAAAUGCAUGAAACCUGCUCUAGAGUUCUUGGAUACAGAUGUCACAGGAAUUGGACCUGAGCUUGGUGGUAAUAAUGACUCGAAGCACUUCUUGCUCUAUUAUUACUAUGGAGGCAUGAUCUACACAGCCAUGAAGAACUAUGACAGAGCUUUAUACUUCUUUGAAGUAGUCGUAACCGUGCCUGCCAUGGUGGUGUCACAUAUCAUGUUAGAAGCUUAUAAGAAAUACAUAUUGGUGUCAUUUAUUUUACAUGGAAAGAUACUACCCAUGCCAAAAUAUACUUCACAAGUUGUCUGCCGCUUUCUGAAACCCUUGUCAGUGGCUUACCAUGAGCUAGCUACCUCCCAGCAUGCAGCUAUCAAGCAUCGCGAGACAUUUGUUAGGGACAAAAAUAUGGGACUAGUCAAUCAAGUGUUAAGUUCAAUGUACAAAAAGAACAUUCAAAGGCUGACAAAAACAUUUUUAACACUGUCAUUAAGUGACGUAGCUGCUCGAGUGCAGCUAGCAGGCCCAUCACAGGCUGAAAGUUACAUACUAAAUAUGGUAAGUUAUAUUUUAACACUGUCAUUAAGUGACGUAGCUGCUCGAGUGCAGCUAGCAGGCCCAUCACAGGCUGAAAGUUACAUACUAAAUAUGGUAAGUUAUAUUUUAACACUGUCAUUAAGCGACGUAGCUGCUCGAGUGCAGCUAGCAGGCCCAUCACAGGCUGAAAGUUACAUACUAAAUAUGGUAAGUUAUAUUUUAACACUGUCAUUAAGUGACGUAGCUGCUCGAGUGCAGCUAGCAGGCCCAUCACAGGCUGAAAGUUACAUACUAAAUAUGGUAAGUUAUAUUUUAACACUGUCAUUAAGUGACGUAGCUGCUCGAGUGCAGCUAGCAGGCCCAUCACAGGCUGAAAGUUACAUACUAAAUAUGGUAAGUUAUAUUUUAACACUGUCAUUAAGUGACGUAGCUGCUCGAGUGCAGCUAGCAGGCCCAUCACAGGCUGAAAGUUACAUACUAAAUAUGGUAAGUUAUAUUUUAACACUGUCAUUAAGUGACGUAGCUGCUCGAGUGCAGCUAGCAGGCCCAUCACAGGCUGAAAGUUACAUACUAAAUAUGGUAAGUUAUAUUUUAACACUGUCAUUAAGUGACGUAGCUGCUCGAGUGCAGCUAGCAGGCCCAUCACAGGCUGAAAGUUACAUACUAAAUAUGGUAAGUUAUAUUUUAACACUGUCAUUAAGUGACGUAGCUGCUCGAGUGCAGCUAGCAGGCCCAUCACAGGCUGAAAGUUACAUACUAAAUAUGGUAAGUUAUAUUUUAACACUGUCAUUAAGUGACGUAGCUGCUCGAGUGCAGCUAGCAGGCCCAUCACAGGCUGAAAGUUACAUACUAAAUAUGAUAGAGGAAGGCGAAAUAUACGCAAUGAUCAAUCAAAAGGACGGCAUGGUGGUCUUCCUGGACAGUCCUGAAAAGUAUGCGUCUCCUGAAACAUUGUGCGUGUUAGAACAACAAAUGGCCGCUUGCACCAAACUGCACCAGUACAUCCAAGAGAUGGAUGAGCAGAUACAGGUCAAUCCCCAGUAUGUCAAGAAAUCUGUCGGGAGCCACGAUGAAGAUAUACCAGCUACCAGCCAGAACUCCAAGACUACUUAUUCAAUGUAAUCUUAUAGAUACUCAUUUUUUAUUAUAAUAGUUACGUAAUUAAAACACA